AUGCAAAACUUGCUUCCCUUGAGAUCCGCCGAACUGACAGGAAUUGUGCACAACAGCGCUGCUUAUGACCUGAUUGUGGCCCAGCAGCCAAGCGAUGGCCGUGCACUCUCCUCCCCCAGGCGGAACGCCAGGGGUGCCGUCAAAUGGCCGCUCGACCCUCCUUGCGUCGUAGAACUGAUACUCCACGAUAACGAUCCAUCCAAGGCCUACCUUCAUAGCCCCUACUGGUUUUGUACCAUCGAGAUCGAAGCACUAAACCACGAAUCACUAAAAUCUGAUACCUUGACUGGCACUUUGACAUCAUCGCUCCACAAGGUCAAAAUGCAUGACAGCAGAGAUCACGGCGUUUUCGUUUUCGGCGACCUCUACGUGAAAUAUCCCGGAUACUUUCGUCUCAAAUUCACCGUCUUCGAAAUGCGUCAAGGGUAA